AUAAGGACAGCCUGCUGCUAAUUUUACACAGGAAAGGCAGGAAACGUGAAGUGAAGACUUUGCUUUUCCACAAACAACAGAGUAGCGACCCUGGCCUUGGAGAGGAUCCUGUGAGCCGUGAGCUGAGCAGUCUGGGGCUGAAAGAGAGACACACACACAGACAGACAGAAAGAAAGAGAAAGAGGAGGGUCCCUAGAAGAGGAGAGCUGGACACACACUGGUAGAAACUCUAGAAAAAAGUUAAAAGCGAGAGUGAGUGGACGAAAGAGUUGGAGGAGAGAGACUGUGCCCUCUCUGGUCUCCCCUGUUUCUCUGGAGGGAGUGAUGGCGGAUAACAGCACUCAUCCCAUUAUGGAUAUACUGGGGUACUUUGGAUUAAGGGAUGUAAUUCUGGCCUUCUUUCUUUCUAUGGUUGUUGGUCUUCUGCUGGGAGCUCUGGUCUAUAUGAUCAUGACCUGGAUGUCCCGUCGACGGGCAUCGGCCACCAUCACCAGCAUACCCGUCCACCAGUCCCGCUCCACCACCCGUUCAUCCUCACCUCGAUCUCGGCCGGGUUACAGUCGGCACAGCAGUGGCUAUGACCGGCGCAGUAAUAACAGUCUGGCCAGCGCCGCCUUUUCAUUCCACCGGCAGACCUCAUCCUCGCCGAUAGACUAUGGAGACUCAACCGGCCGCAAAUCAAGCUUCCGGGCCUCAACAUUUCAUCCUCUUCUGCAGUGUAGCCAGAUUGCUCGCGAGGCAGAGGAAGGUGCCCAGGGCAGCCUGCCAAGGACCCCCACUCUUACAACCAGCCCUGGGGCAGCUGGAUCCACCAGCACCGUCAGUUCGAUGGUCACUCCACCCCGGGCCAGAAACAGACCAGAUUCCUUCUGGGGCAACAGCAAUCUAAGAGGUUUCCAUGUUGGCCAGACUCCACCGCCUGCCUAUGACAGCAUCAUACGAGCCUAUCAGGAGACAACCACGUGAAUUAAAAAAGGGGAGAUUCUGCAGUUUUGGGGCAAGAUUCAUGUAUAGACUUGAAAACUGAUGUACAACGCCUUUAAUUGACAUGGCCAGUUUUUCAAAACUUGUAUGUGUGUAUAUUUCUGUGUGUGCGUGUGUGUGUGUGUGUGUGUGUGUGUGUGCAAAGUCAGUGUGAAAUACUUGUAUCAGAAUGUUUAAAAAAAAAGACAGUAAGAUUUCUACGGCUCUGACUAUAUAAGACUAUCAAGCCAAUCUGCUUUUGAUAGAUGAGAAUGUUGAUGUGGAGAAACAGAGAAAGGAUAAAUAAAGCAGGAGAUAAGGAAGGUUGAGAUAAGCAAGAGGAUAAAGCGGUUAUUGCAAUUCCUAGACCAAGAAGUUAUUAUUAUAACUCUGUUUUGCACCAGACUCAUUAGAUUUUGUAUUUAUUGGUUUGUUUUCUGGGAACUCUAGUCUUUUGAAAUGGUUGUAAGUAUUUCUCAAUGCAGCUGUAUACAUAAAAAUAUUCUGACACAAA